CACACAGCAGAAAUGAAGAACAUUGAGGAGCAGCUUCUUCUCUCCUGAAGACUCUCCUGCAGAUCCAGACUGAGAGGAAGAGGAGCUGAGAUGAGUUCAGCAGAGGAGAAGAAGAAUAGUCCUUCAAAUGUCCUUUGGGAGAUUUUGUAUUCUCUUGGUAAUGAGAAUUUUAAAAAAGUCAUAUGGCAUGUGACAAAUGAGAGUUUUCUGGAAAAAUUCCCAAAAAUUCCACCAUUUAAACUGGAAGGCAAAACCAGAGAGGACACGGUGACUGCGAUAUUCCAAACCUACAGUGUUCACACUCUGAAAGUCACUAAAAUGGUUCUUAAGAAGAUUGGUGAGAAUGACCUGGUGGAUAAAUACCUCACAGACCUACCCGAAAUUCCAGAGAUCAUCAAUAAUUGUCACCAAACGUUCAAACCUGAGACCCAAAAGACCUUGCACCAUGUGACAGAUGGAGUUGAAAACAAAGAAAGUCCUCUGGAGCAGAUCUUCACAGAAAUCUACAUCACACAUGGAAGAAUUGAAGAGUUCAAUAAACAGCAUGAAGUCAGACAGAUUGAAGCAGCACGAGUGGAAACAAAUGACAGAGAAGUAAACAUUGACCCUAAAAAUAUACUUGAACUCUCACCUGGAGAAAAAGGACCAAUCAGAUUAGUGAUGACAGUGGGCGUGGCCGGCAUCGGGAAAACCAUCUUAACACAGAAGUUCACUCUGGACUGGGCUGAAGGCAAAAACAACCAAGACAUCCACUUCAUCUUCAGGAUGGAAUUUAAACGGAUAAAUGGGCUGAAAGAUGACAAGGUAACUUUAGUGGAUCUUGUUCAUCGGUUCUUCCCGCUUAUCAAAGACGAAGGAAUCUACAGUUUUGAAGACUUCAAGGUUCUCUUCAUCCUUGAUGGUCUGGAUGAAUGCCGAAUUCCUUUAAAUUUUAAAAAUCCCAAAACUCUGAGCAACAUCACAGUGUCUGCUUCCAUAGAUGUGCUGCUGACAAACCUCAUCAUGGGGAAUCUGGUUCCUUCAGCUCAACUCUGGAUCACCACACGACCUGCAGCAGCCAAUCAGAUCCCUUCAAGGUUCAUCAGCCGUAAGACUGAAGUGAGGGGAUUCAAUGACCAACAGAAGGAGGAGUACUUCAAAAAGAGAUUCAAAGAUGAAGAGCAGGCCAGCAUGAUCAUCUCCCACAUCAAGACGUCUCGCAGCCUCUUCAUCAUGUGCCACAUUCCAGUCUUCUGCUGGAUCACCGCUACAGUUCUGGAGGCCGUCAUGAUAAAGGAAAAAAACACAGAUCUGCCAAAGAACCUGACAGAACUGUACCUGCGCUUCCUGAGGCUAAACAUAGAAAAGAAAAGUUAUUUGAUGAAUGAUGGAGGAGCUACAACAGACAAAGAUCUGAGUCCUGAGAAGAAGAUGGAAAUGAUUGAGUUUUUGGGAAAAUUAGCUUUUGAGCAGCUGCUAAAUGACAAACUAAUCUUCUACCCAAAGGACAUUGAAGAGUGUGGCCUUAACAUCAAAGACAUCUCACUGUACUCAGGAGUGUUCAAUGAGAUCUUCAGAGAAGACAAGUGCAAAAUGUUUGAGAACAACGUUUACAGCUUCAUACAUCUGACCGUCCAGGAGUUUCUAGCAGCUCUUUAUGCUCAUCUGACCUUUGCCAACUCUGGAGUCAAUCUGCUGGAAGAAGAGCAAACAUGGUUUUCUAGACUCUGGGGAAGAAGAAAAACGUUCCACCAGAGUGCUGUAGAAAAAGCCUUAAAGAGUCCAAAUGGACAUCUGGACAUGUUCCUCCGCUUCCUCCUGGGUCUUUCUCUGGAGACCAAUCAGAAUAAUUUACAAGAACUGCUGAAAAAAACUGAAACAAUAUCAGAGAACAAACAGGAAACAGUCCAGUACAUCAAGAAGAAGAUCAAUGAGAACCUGCCUACAGAGCAAAGCAUCAACCUGUUCCACUGUCUGAAUGAGCUGAAUGAUCACUCUCUAGUGAAGGAGAUCCAACAAUCUCUGCGUUCAGGACUUCUCUCUAGAGAACGUCUGUCUCCUGCUCAGUGGUCAGCUCUGGUCUUCAUCCUAUUGUCAUCAGAAGAAGAUCUGGAAGAGUUUGACCUGAAGAAAUCCUGUAGUUCAGAGGAAGCUCUGCUGAGGCUGCAGCCAGUUAUCAAAGUUUCUAAAAAAGCUUUGCUGUGGAGCUGUAAACUCUCCUCAGGAGACUGUGAAGUUCUGUCCUCCGUCCUCAAAUCUCCAUCAUGUCUGAAAGAGUUGGACCUGGGUGAGAACGACCUGCAGGAUUCAGGAGUGAAGCUGUUGUCUGAGGGGCUGCAGAGUCCAGACUGUAAACUGGAGACUCUUAGGCUGGAUGGCUGUAAACUCUCCACAGGAAGCUGUGAAGCUCUGUCCUCCGUCCUCAAAUCUUCAUCAUGUCUGAAAGAGUUGUACCUGGGUGAGAACGACCUGCAGGAUUCAGGAGUGAAGCUGUUGUCUGAGGGGCUGCAGAGUCCAGACUGUAAACUGGAGACUCUUAGGUAAGGAAACAGAAAACUUCAGUUGUGUUUGUGAGUGUUGUUGGUGCUCAUGUUCUCCAUCACUAGAACUUCAUUUCCUGCUUCUUGAGUCUGUGACAUCUCUGUGUCUCCAUGCUGUGAACUAUUCUUUAAUCAGCUCUCUAACACAGAGCUGGCAGUACUG